AUGUCGAGUACUUCGGACAAAGCUAAGCCUCGUGCUCGUGAUCUAGGCAUUCCGUUUAGUGGCGUUCCGGGUAAAUCGAACUCGAUCGUUGAUGUUCAAGGGGUCGAGGUUGGAUUUAGUACGAUUAUCGAAGGCGAUUCUGUACGAACAGGUGUCACAGCAAUCUUUCCGCGUGCACCGGAAAGAGUUUUAAACAACGAGCUCUGUUUUGCCAACUGGUUUAGUUUGAAUGGUAAUGGUGAAAUGACAGGAAUUCAUUGGCUGACCGAAUCCGGUUUUCUAACAACACCGAUUUUGAUUACGAAUACAAAUGCGGUUGGAAUUUGCCAUCAAUCAUUAAUGAAAUGGUUCGUUAAGAAAAAUGUCAUCCCUCAGACGGGCAAUAUUGUCGAUUCAAGUUUACCAGUGGUUGCCGAAACGUGGGAUGGAUUCUUGAAUGAUAUCCAUGGAUUUCAUGUGACGGAAGAACACGUUUUCGAAGCACUAGAGAAUGCGAAAGGUUCGGGAACAACGGUUCUAGAAGGCAAUGUGGGUGGUGGAACUGGAAUGAUGACAUUCGGGUUUAAAGCAGGAACAGGAACAAGUUCAAGGGUAAUUCCAGAAUUGAAUUAUACAGUCGGAGUAUUAGUACAGUCGAAUUUUGGACGAAAAAAACAAUUAAUUAUCGCCGGUAUUCCUGUGGGCGAAGAAAUCUUAGAAAUGGAAAGAGUGAACACGAAAGUUCCGGACAAAGAUGUCGGUUCGAUUAUUGUUAUUAUUGCAACUGAUGCACCUUUGUUACCGCAUCAACUCAAACGUUUAGCCGUCCGUGCUUCACUUGGGAUAGCAAGACUUGGAGGCAUUGCUGGAGAUUCGUCUGGGGAGAUAUUCUUAGCAUUCUCAACAGCUGAGUUCUCCAACCAAACAACAACGACAAAACAAGCAGAAUUCAUGAUCAAUGACGCGAUGAAUCCGUUAUUUGAGGCAACAAUUCAAUGCGUUGAAGAAGCAAUUGUGAAUUCGAUGAUAGCAGCAGAAACAAUGAUUGGAUAUAAAGGACUAAAAGUCGAUGCAUUAUCGCAUGAAACUUUAAAACAAAUAUUAAGAAAAUACAAUAGACUCAACGAUAAAUAG